CUUCCGGCUUCAGGGGAAAGAGCAGGAAGGUACUGGGAGGAGGGUUAAAAAAAGGAGAAAAGAACAACAAUAUUAUUAUCAGCAUCAGUGCUGUGUGAGUGAGAGGCAGAGUAGAAGCUUCCUUCAAGCUCUUGGCUUACCAUGUGGCUGCCCUGAGUUGUUUGUUCAGCGUCAGGCUUCCCUCCUUGGCAAGUGAGAAACAGAUGAGCUAUGGAAGGUUCUAAGUCUUCAAGCUCCACUAUGCAAGUGAGCUUUGUGUGCCAACGUUGUAGUCAACCCCUAAAGCUGGAUACAUCCUUCAAUGUCUUAGAUAGAGUGACAAUUCAUGAACUUACAGCCCCUUUGGUUACAGUUACUCCUGUAAAGCCAGAAGAAGGAAAGGUGGAAAAUAGCAACUCUGCAGAGGAAGGUUGCACAGAAAAUAAGCCAGAUGGCGUUUCCCGAAAAUAUAUUCCUCCUGCUCGGAUGUUAUCCACUGAAAGUGCUAACAGUUUUACUCUCCUUGGAGAAGCUUCUGAUGGCGGCACAAUGGAAAACCUAAGCCGAAGACUCAAGGUGACAAGUGAUCUGUUUGACAUCAUGUCUGGUCAGACAGAUGUGGACCACCCUCUCUGUGAGGAAUGUACAGAUACGUUGCUUGAUCAGUUGGACCAGCAACUGAAUGUUACAGAAAAUGAAUGUCAGAAUUACAAGAACUGUUUAGAGAUACUUGAACAAAUGAAUGAGGAAGAUGAAGAGCAACUGCUGCAAGAGCUGAAAGCACUGAAUUCCCAAGAGGACUUUUUAAUCCAGGAGCUCGAAAAUGUGGAAAUGAAACGAAAGAAGGUAGCAGAUGAUUUGGCUGAAGUUAGGGCAGAGACUGAGAGACUCAAUCAAGAAGAAGCCCAGUACCAGAGGGAGUACUCUGAAUUCAAAAGACAGCAACUGGAGCUUGAUGAUGAUUUAACGAGUGUUGGCAAUCAAAUGAGAUAUGCUCAGAUUCAGCUUGACAAACUCAAGAAAACCAAUGUUUUCAAUGCCACAUUUCACAUAUGGCAUAGUGGACAGUUUGGCACCAUCAAUAACUUCAGACUAGGACGUCUACCUAGCGUUCCUGUGGAAUGGAAUGAGAUUAAUGCAGCUUGGGGGCAGACUGUGCUGCUACUGCAUUCACUGGCUAACAAGAUGGAACUCCGAUUUCAAAGGUAUCGUCUUGUCCCUUAUGGGAAUCAUUCAUACUUGGAAUCACUUACAGACAGAGCAAAGGAGCUGCCAUUGUACUGUUCGGGAGGAUUACGAUUUUUCUGGGACAACAAGUUUGAUCAUGCUAUGGUGGCUUUUUUGGAUUGCGUUCAACAAUUUAAAGAGGAGGUAGAAAGAGGUGACACUGGCUUCUGCUUGCCAUACAGAAUGGAUGUGGAAAAAGGAAAGAUUGAAGACACGGGAGGAAGUGGAGGAUCUUAUUCUAUAAAAACACAGUUCAACUCUGAGGAACAGUGGACAAAGGCACUCAAAUUUAUGCUUACCAAUUUGAAAUGGGGGCUGGCCUGGGUGUCUUCUCAAUUCUAUAACAGGUGAUUUAAACAUUAUUUCCUCAUUGAAUCCAUAUCGCUUUUGCUGAGCAUUGUUCCAAGUUUCAUCCAAUGUUAUUGCCUAUCUGAGGUAAUUCACUGUGCGUUUAUGUAUGCUUUUUCUUGAAAUAAACCAUAAUAUCAUCAAAUGUGACAAAGUGGAGAAGUAGCUGGCACAGUGGGUUAGAUGUUGAAUGCUAGCCUUUCAACCAUGGACCUAGUUCCAAAUCUGAUGAAGUGAAAGUCAGCUUUUAAAGAUAUGUGUGAAAUGGAUCGGGGUCGAUCUCGUCCAAUUCUGAAUGAACACAAAGCUGUUUUUCGUUGCAAUCUCAGAGCAAAGCCACAGUAUGGCUGGUGAAAAAUGGGGGAAAGAUGUCACAGUAGUACAGUAAUACAGUGCUGUUCUGAUAGUUCUAGCAUGUGGAUCUGACUGGAGAGCACCUGAUGAUAUUGAGUGCCUGAAAUGGAAAAAGACCUGUUCUGCAGCACUAAUGUCUCUUACGUUGAUAAGCACACAUGGAAAAAAAUAUAUAAAAUGAGGAACAAAGUAACUUGUGUACCUUUUUUAUUCAUGGUUGAAAUAUAUAUUCCUGGAUUUUGAGUGGAAUGUGCUAAAUCGCGAUGUACUGCACCAAUUCAAUUGACUGACAUGUUUAAACGAACUGGAAAAAUGUUGCUUUUUUUUAAAAAUGGAUAUCAUGUAACUGUAAUACCUGACUUCAAAUCUAACAUUGUUCUUUGUGAUGUUCAACAAUGUCAAAUUUUGAUAGGCAAGUGGUCAAAAAGAUUUUUGCUGUUAGUCUACAGUUUAUUCUUGCCUUGACCUGUGAAACACAUUUGAUCAUGUUGAGGUGAGACUUCAUAAAUAUGUACAUUUUGGCAUCCAGGCACAAGAGUUAAAAGUAGUUGUUAACUUUUAAUAUUAGCUUCUAUUUCAAUGCAAUCCUUUUGAGUGCUCACCACCUAACCUGCAGCUGGGCUGGAAUGUUACAUCGGCAUUGUGUGGUUACAAAACAACCUGAAAUUCAGAAUCUGUGAACCACAAACAAGGUGCAAGCAGUUUUUCAUCUGAACCAUGAGUUGAGUGUUUCUAUCAUACCAAAAUACACUAUUUUAAUAGCGUGUGUGUGUGUGAAGUUUUAUUUAUAACAAUUAAAUUCUGGCAUGUUGUGCUACUGUUUGUUCAAGAUGAAGUGGGAAUAACAUUUCAUACACUGGUGUCAUGACUGACUAUAGAAAGAAUACUCUAUUCAAUACAGGCAUGAUGACAUCUGCACCGAAGAAUUAAAUUUGUAACAUAAUCAUUGUGUCAUCUCUAGAAUCUGACCAAUAGCGGACAUCGUACAAGAACAGUAUUAUUAGGCCAUAUACUCAUUUUCACAGAAGCAUAGUGUAUUAUUUCUCAGUAAAACCUGUCCACUGAUCCUGUUGUACACUUGGUCUAGUUUUGAAAUGUAUAGAUUAGCUCCUUUUUAAUCUGGUAUCACUAGAAAACAAGUGAAAGCUCUGGACCUAUAGUUCACUAAGUACAUAAAUUAAACUUGAAUGUCUGUCCAAAGUUGUAAUAUAUUGUCUUUGACGUUUGCUUUAAUUAAAACUUAUCUAAACAGUUUGAA